UUCACUACUGCAUCCUGCUCUUUGAAAACGCAAUUUCUCAGACGUGUUCCUUGGGACUAGUAUGACAAUAUACUCCUCUCAGAUCUAAACCAAAAUACUAUUCCUGAGAAAACUUCUCUUUCAGUCUCAGCCCUGGGAAGGAGGUCUUCAUGCUGCCGUGGGUAUCACUGCUGGUCCUGGCUCCUAUCAGUGGACAACUUGAAGCUACCCCCAAAUCCGUGAUUUCUCUCCGUCCUCCAUGGACUGUGGUCUUCAAGGGAGAGAAAGUGACUCUGACUUGCAAUGGAUUUCACUUACGCACAUCACAGAAAACAACAUGGCACAGAGAGCACCAUGGGAGAAAAGAAUUACAUGAAACCCUAGGAAACACACUCGAGGUUCAAGAACCUGGAGAAUACAGAUGCCAAGUCCAGGGCUCACUCCUAAGUAGCCGCGUGGCCUUGCUCUUUUCUCAAGCCCUCCUGAUCCUGGGGGCUCCGUUUGCUGUGUUUGAAGGGGACCCUGUAGUUCUGCAAUGCCGAGUGAAGAGAGAGGCAGCACUGGAAACUUUACAUCUGCACAAGAAUGGUAAACCAAUGUAUACCUCUGGAAAGAUCCCGGACGUGUACAUUCCACACGCAAGUCUGAAGGACAAUGGUGCAUAUCACUGUACCGGAGUUAAAAAAGAUGAUAGCCCUGUUUCUUCAAACACAGUCAAAAUCCAAGUGCAAGAGCUGUUUCCCCAGCCUGUGCUGAAAGCCAGCCCCUCCUGGCCCACCGAAGGAGGUCCUCUGACCCUGACCUGUCAGACCCAGCUUGCUCCACAGAGGUCAGAUGUCCAGCUCUGGUUCCGCUUCUUCAGAGAUGGCCAGACCCUGGGGUCAAGGUGGAGCAACUCCCCAGAAUUCCAGAUCACUGCCGUGUGGAGCAGAGACUCUAGGUCUUAUUGGUGCCAGGCAAAGAGAGUGACUUCUAGAGCCGGGAAAACGAGCCAGGAACUCCAGAUAAAUGUGAAGAUCCCCGUGUCUCAGCCCGUCCUCACCCUCAGCCCUCCUGGGGCCCAGGCUGCUGAGGGAGAAGUGGUGACCCUUCACUGUAAAGUCCCGAGAGGUUCGUUCCCGAUCACUUAUCAGCUGUACCAUGAAGGAGUACCUCUCAAGAAGGAAGAAGGCUCUGCACAGAGAGCAAUGCCCUUCAGGCUCCCUCUGACCGCAGAGCGUUCUGGGCACUACUUCUGCUCAGCGGACAACGGCUUUGGCCCCCGGUGCAGUGAGGCGGUCGGCCUCUCAGUCAUCGUCCCAGUGUCCCGCCCCGUCCUCACCCUCAGGGCUCCUGGGGCCCAGGCUGUGGUGGGGGACGUGCUGGAGCUCCGCUGUGAGGCCCAGAGAGGCUCUCCCCCGAUCCUGUACCGGUUUUAUCACGAGGAUGUCGCCCUGGGGAGCAGCUCAGCCCCCUCUGGAGGAGGAGCGUCCAUCAACCUCUCUCUGACAGCAGAACAUUCUGGAAACUAUUCCUGUGAGGCUGACAAUGCCCUGCGAACCCAGCGCAGUAACACAGUGUCACUCAGUGUCACAGUCCCAGUGUCCCGCCCCGUCCUCACCCUCGGGGCUCCCGGGGCCCAGGCUGCGGUGGGGGACGUGGUGGAGCUCCGCUGUGAGGCCCACAGAGGCUCUCCCCCGAUCCUGUAUCGGUUUUAUCACGAGGAUGUCGCCCUGGAGAGCAGCUCAGCCCCAUUGGGACGAGGAGUGUCCAUUAACCUCUCUCUGACGGCAGAACAUUCUGGAAACUACUCCUGUGAGGCUGACAAUGUCCUGGGGGCCCAGCGCAGUGAAGUUGUGACAUUCUGUGUCAUAGUCCCAGUGUCCCGCCCCGUCCUCACCCUCGGGGCUCCCGGGGCCCAGGCUGCGGUGGGGGACGUGCUGGAGCUCCGCUGUGAGGCCCAGAGAGGCUCUCCCCCGAUCCUGUACCGCUUUUAUCACGAGGGCGUCGCUCUGGAGAGCAGCUCCACGCCAUCUGGAGGAGGAGCUUCCUUCAACCUCUCUCUGACUGCAGACCAUUCUGGAAACUUCUCCUGUGAGGCUGACAAUGGCCUGGGGUCCCAGCGCAGUGAGGCGGUGCCACUCAAAGUCACAGGGCUGACAGCGAACAGAAGCGGCCUGACUGCCACCGGCGUCGCCGGGGGCCUGGUCAGCCUGGCGGGUCUUGCUGCUCUGGCGCUGGUGUCCUACUGCAGGCUCUCGGGGAAAGCAGGAGGAAGGCCGACCUCUGGGCCGUCCAGGAGCUCUUCAGACUCGAACUCCCAAGAGCCCACCUACCACAAUGUCCCAGGCUGGGUAGAAAUGCAACCAGUGUACAGCAAUGUAAAUCCUCAACAAGGAGAGGUGAUAUACUCAGAAGUCCGGGGAAUUCAGAAGAAAAAUUCACAUGCAGCGGCCUCCUCUGCACCGGGGCUCCAGAGCAAGGAUUCCUCUGUCAUUUACGCUCAGGUGAAGAGAGCUUCAGCCCCAGCCUGCAGGCCCCAGCUCUUGGCUUCCUCGGCUCCGCACAGAUGAGUCCACACAGCUCCGGGACUGCUGUCUCAGCCUCUGCACCCCAAAGCCAUCCUUGGGGAAGAAGGGACACUGAAGUGGGAAGAUUUAAACUGUCCCAGGCCACGUCCAGGAGCCUCCAUGUUAACUGUCUGCGCCCUCAGUGUGAUGGGGACACAGGGCCCUGCAGGACCGCCUCCUCUUCCCAAGGUCCAGCCCUGCCCUCGCCUUCUUGUCUAAGGCCACGGCUCCCCUCCCGGGGCCCACCAUGUCCCCUGGCUGCCUGAACCCAGGACAACUUCUCUCCUGUGCACGUGCCAAUAUCUCCCUGCCGAGUAAGGGUUUUUCACAGCCCAAGACCCUUUCCAUCCUGCCGGAAGUAACCCAGCACGCUCACGGCCUGCAGGACCAAAGGAUGCAGAUAGAAUGCGUGUCGGAAUAUAGGGGGCGCUCCGUUACUGUUUGCAUGAGGAAGUGAACGAAUGGAUGAGGAGGACACUAUGGGUAAUUAGAAGCCUUCCUCCCCUUGAACUGGCUCACAAUUCAGUGUGCUCCCUGGGAAAUCCAGGAGCGACUCCUCUGCCUUCCCCGAGUCAGAAUAAACCAAGAGGCGUUUGGAUAAAGAGAGCUCUGUUCACCAAGCUGGCUGGGGUGGGGGUGGGGGAGCCAGGA